UGCCAGUCACACGGCGCGCAGGGAUCUGCGCGCGGUCUAUGUUUCCGUUAGCGCGCGCACGUGUCUUGCGCGCGAGUAUUCGCGCAUGCGCGGCGCCGUGCGCGUGCCCGUGCCGCGCCGGACGUGGCAGCGGCGGGAGCGAUGCGGGCCGUGCUGUCGGGGCCGGGGCCGUGGCCGUGGCUGCUGCUGACGGCGGCGCUGGCGGCGGGCGGCGGCUCGGAGCACCCCCGGCUCCGCGAAACCGUGCUGCGGGACCUGGCCCGCGGCAAGGUGGAGACCUGCGGCGGGUGACGGCUGAACCGCCUCAGGGAGGUGAAGGCGUUCGUCACCCAGGACAUCCCGUUCUACCAUAACCUGGAGAUGAAACACCUGCCUGGUGCUGACCCUGAGCUUGUGCUCCUCAGCCUCCGGUAUGAGGAGCUGGAGAGAAUUCCCCUGAGCGACAUGACCCGGGAAGAGAUCAACCAGCUGGUGCAGGAGUUGGGCUUCUACCGCAAGGAGACGCCUGAUGCCCCUGUGCCAGAGGAGUUCCAGUUUGCCCCUGCCAAGUCUCUGCCAAUACUGCUGCCCCCCCAAACACCCGCUGCUGAUGGCAAGACCCCACCCAAACGUGACAAGGAAGAACACCCAGACCUCUAGCAAGGAGUGCCACCCUUAGGACAGGGUCCUGCAGCCAGUCCCCAGUGCAGGGAAUGAGGGCGUUAUGGCAGCUGGACAUGGUAUCACAGGGUGGCAAAGGUUUUUCCCCCCACUCUUGCUUGUGUGCUGGUUGAUGCCCUCCUGCCCUUGGAGCCCAUUAUCCUUGGCCAGUCAGGAGGAGCAGCAGCAUUUCUUGCAGUCUCUUGCUGUGCCCAGACGUUUAGCUGCUCCCAGCACUGGGCAGCAGUAUCCUGCCUGCAUGGGAUAGAAUGAAACCCUCAGCAGAAAGCGCCAGGUGCUAAGGGUAGAUGUGCUGAGUCCCAAAGGUGGGAGAGCUGUCCCAGGAAGGGGGCUUUACCCCCCAGCAGGGUUUAUGUCAUAUCCAGCUCCUAGUAAAGCUUUUAUUUGCA